AUGAAAUCUCCUAUCGAAAACAUCAUUGAGGUUACCCCGCUCAGCGAUGAAUCUGGAAAUAUAUUCACAAAUUCAUGUCCGCUCUGGAGUCCACCUGGGGCGCGUGGUGUCUACGGGGGUGCCUUGAUAGCCCACAGUCUGGCUGCAAGCCAGCGCAUGAUAUCGGACGAUUUCAUAGUUCACAGCAUGCAUAGUCUGUUUAUAUUUGCAGGGGCAGGCGGUAUUCCAGUCACUUAUGAGGUCAAAAUCGUUCAUGACGCUGGUGAUCGAAUUACGCAGGUUGUGCAUGCUAAGCAAGAGACACGUCUCAUCUUCAUAGCAACAAUCAGUUUCAUGAGAUCUUCACAGACCAGCAUGAGGCAUAUUACUCAUAGCAUUCCGAAGCUAGAUUUUGUUCCCCCAACAAUUCAAUACGACAAUGACAAACUAUGGGAUGCAGAUCGUCCAUUCGAGACAAUACGAAUCCCUCUUUCAUUUGUGGCUCGAGCCCAUCAAGCUCCUCGUCAUUCAUCUGCCAGCGGAUUCGACAAGAUCCAAGAUCUUGAAAAUGGGGUUGACGAGGAAAGUAAGGAGGCAGCGAGGUUUCUUCGUCGUUUGGCGGAGCAAGAAAUGGUAGAUUUUGAAUCUCUAUCGCCUAUCGAUGAGCAAAUGGGCAUGAUGGUCAGUUUGUCUCACUCGAUUUAUUUUCACCACCAAGAAUCAUUCCGUGCCGACGAUUGGAUGCUUUCUGAGAUGUCUAGUCCCUGGGCAGGCGAAGGGCGAGGCUUGGUCUAUCAGAGCUGUUGGUCUCAAAGUGGGCUGUUAAUUGCUACAUGUGUACAAGAGGUAGAUAUGCCCUUGAUCCGAAGGUUAUCGAUUUUUGAUAGGGACUAA